AUGGCGCAUCAGAGGGCUAAAGUUAAAGGUGGUCAGUUCUCAAUAUUGGUUAAUGGUGGUACUACUUCUAGAAUUCAACCUUCAAAAGGAAUCAGACAGGGUGAUCCAUUGUCACAUUUUCUUUUUUUUUUUUCAGUGGUGGAAGUUCUCUCAAUUAUGAUUAAUGAUGCAGUGGCAACAUGGAGGUUAACUGGGUUUCAAAUGGUAGAAGGUGGUUCUUAUGUUUCUCACUUACAGUUUAAGGAUGAUACCAUUAUAUUCUUAAAUGCUUUGUUGAUGUUUGAAGUUCUAACUGGGAUGAAUUUAAAUUUAGAGAAGAGUUCAAUGACAAGUAUUGGUGCUGAUGAUGUGGUGCAUGAGUUGGCUUUGGAGUUGGGUUGUAAGGUUGAUGCUCUUCAUGUUACUUACUUAGGGAUUCCCAUUGGUGCUUCUAAGAGGAACAUGAACAUUUGGGAUGAGGUUAUUCAGAAGUUGCAGAAGCAACUUGCCCCGUGGAAGAGAAAGUUUCUCAACAAGGCUGGUAGAGUCACAUUGAUAAAAAGCUCUUUGGAGAGCAUUUGUAGUUUACUACUUGUCUCUGUGUUACUUGAUGGUUUCUGUUGA